AUGCAGCGCUUCUUUGGUCUGCAUCCGACUGGGGAGCUGACCAAUGAGACUCUGUCAGUUAUGAAAAGGCCGCGCUGUGGUCUUUCAGACGUGGAGCCAUUCCGAGAGACAAUCCGCUGGAAGAAGAGCUCCCUCAGCUACAGGAUUGCUGGUUACAACCUCCCCAUCCCAAUCUCAAAGGUUCACAAAAUCUUCAGGGCGGCGUGGAAGCUCUGGUCCAACGUUACACCAAUGAAAUUUCGCAAACGGAGCAGAAAAGAGGCUGACAUCGUAAUCUCCUUCCACACUGGUGACCAUGAAGACGGCUCACCUUUUGAUGGCACAGGUGGAAUCCUGGCUCACGCCUUUUUGCCUGGGUUGGGUAUUGGUGGAGACGUGCACUUUGAUGCCGAUGAGGACUGGAGCUUCAAUUCUACUGGUUUCAACCUAUUUGCUGUAGCAGCCCAUGAAUUUGGCCAUGCACUUGGCCUGCCCCAUUCAUCUGAUCCUGGCGCUGUCAUGUACCCAUCAUACAACUUUGCCCCCAAUUACGAACUUCAGCUCUCGUUCCGGGAUGUGAAAGAUGUCCAACGGCUUUAUGGUAUCAGUUCCAAUUUUGCUUCAAUAUCUUCAAAAAAACCACCUCCAAGAACUCCUGACAAAUGUGAUCCAGAUUUGUCCUUUGACGCUGUAACAGAAUUACAACAGGAGGUCCUGUUUUUCAAAGACAGAUUUAUGUGGCGUAAACAUCCUCAAUUUGAUGAAACAAGAAUCACCCUGAUUAGCAGUCUGUGGCCAGACAGUGUACCUCCGUACUUGGAUGCUGUCUAUCAGAAUGUGGAGAGGAAUGUAAAUUUGUUUUUCAAAGGUCAUCAAUACUGGGUGAUGAGGCAGUUAAGACUUGAGGAAGGUUUUCCAAGAAACAUAUCGGACUUUGGUUUCCCCUCCAGAAUAAAAUCUGUAGAUGCUGUUCUUCACUUCAGAAAGGACAGAUACACUAUGUUCUUCACUGGACAUAAGUGUUGGAGGUUCAAUGAGGAGCAAAUGACGAUGGAAGGAUCAGCAACACUUAUAGAGCAGCAAUGGCCGGGGAUUCCAACUCCCAUAGAUGCAGCUGUCUUCUAUGAGGGACUGGUGCAUUUCUUCAGGGGAAACAUCCACUACAAAUUUGAUCCCAACUCCAAACAUGUUGUGUCCACCAGCCCCACUAAUGACCUGCUGGAAUGCAAGAAGAACGACAACAAUGAAAUACAGACAGAGAGGAGAUAAUGAAGGAAAGGCGUUCCAUGAAGCUUGACGCAAUGGUACUGUGUAUUUCCU